AUGCAAGUUAAUCCCGCAUCCAAAGAAUUGGCAGUGAACUCGAAUAAUUCCAUGACAAAGCUUCGAUUAACCUUGAGUAGCCUCAUAAAUGAAAGGAAGCAGAUUCGGGACUGCGACCAGAUUUCAUUCGAUGCUCUUCAAGCACACAUCGAGAGUGCUGAAGCGCAUCGAAAGGAUAUUUUCGUGAAAGAGCUUGUGAACUGGAUUGCUGAGCCCGUCGGUGAGACGAGCAUUAGUCAUCCCUUCGAAUUACAGGACAUUUGUGGAAACGAAGGGCAAGACAAUGUGAAGAACGACGCAAAGCUACUGGCUCUUGUGAUGAUGAUGCACUGGACGUGGACACUGCACGAUUGGUGUGCACAACAAUUUGCAAAAUCCGAAGAGAAGGACUCAGAUGUCGCUUGGCCAAUCGUCCCUGAUGCAGACGACAUCAUGCUUGAGCCUGACGUCGUGCUGAGGAUUGUAGAGGGGAAGACUUCGAAAGGACUUGUGCUUGAUGACGAGGUGAGGAAGUGGAAGGUGGACUUUGGAGAGGAGGAGCGAGCGAAUAUUGAGAAGUGGGUUAGAGAUGCGAUACCGGAUUAGGGGCGUUUGAAAGCCAAGAGGUUAAGAUCGUCAUAAAGUAACAGCGGGCAAGAUCCUGGAUUGGAAGCAGUAUUUGACUAUACACCAAU